AUGGGGACAAGUGGUUGGUCCCCGAAUAAGCUACAGCACAUUCUCUUCUGCUUCUCCAUCACCAUUAUUUUCUCUCUCCUCGCUUCCCUAACUCGCUAUUCCUUCCUCCGCUGCCGGACCAUCUGGUUCGGAUCCAUCGUCUCCGUUUUCGCCGGCGCCGCCAAAGAGGUCGCCGACGAGCUUGGCUUCUUCAAGUCGGCCGGAGCCUCCGCCAAAGACGUUGUUGCUGAUCUCCUCGGCAUUUUUCUCGCUGUGCUCGUUCUUUCUCUCACCAAAUCACUCUCUCUGCGGAUCAAACCCGAUCAAUCGGGUCAAAUUCGAGGGGUCGAGAUAGUUUGA